AAGAGACAAUAGAAUAGAGGUUGCGUGUGGUAAGGAAUUAUAAUAAUAGAGAGAGAGCCCCUGAUCUAAGGUCUUUUGGUGGGCCCCUGGUGUCUCAGUCCGAUACUGGCCCCAACCUCUGCUCUGUCCCUGGAGUGGGAGCAUUAGUAUAAUCCCCCUCCUUUUCCAGGAGACCCUUUCUGUGGGGCGUUCACUGCAUUCAGUCCUAUCCCUCCCCCUGAGAACCACGGGCACAUGUGAAUGCUGCUCAUUGUCCCGAGCACAGGAGGAGCAGUGAAGAGCCGCUGACAGCAGCAGCAGCAAGAGGAGGAGGCUGAGAAACAGAAAGCUGGAAGUCAUGGUCAGAUUCCGGGCUGUAAAUGUCGUGAUUGCAGGAUUCUUUAUUUUUCAAACAAUAUUCCUGCUUUUAAUCUACUCAAGGCACACAGUCCUGCCAGACACUGAAACAAAAACAGACAAAGUCCAUCUGCUCAUCGUUUCAUCUUGGAGGUCAGGAUCAUCUUUCAUUGGGCAAAUCUUCAGCCAGCAUCCAGAUGUAUUUUAUUUGAUGGAACCAGCGUGGCAUGUAUGGAUGUCUAUGUUUCAAAACAGCGCCAAAGUCUUGCACAUGGCAGUGCGGGAUCUUAUUCGAUCUGUCUUCUUGUGUGACAUGUCUGUAUUUGAUGCGUACAUUCCAGAAAAGAAUAACAUAUCAGAACUAUUUCAGUGGCCUGUUAGCAGAGCCCUGUGCUCCUAUCCUGCUUGCAGUCACUUUGAUCGUGAGGAUAUCACAAAUGAAACGAUGUGUAAAAUAGUUUGUGGGCACAACCCCUUCAGUAAGAUUGAAGAGUCUUGUAACACCUAUAGUCAUAUUGUUUUAAAAGAAGUGCGGUUCUUUGAUCUGAAAGUUCUCUACCCGCUUCUCACUGACCCUUCUUUGAAUCUUAAAAUCAUUCACUUGGUUCGUGAUCCAAGAGCAGUUGCCAAAUCCCGGGAGCGAACCGUGAAAGCCUUGACUCGGGACAAUGGCAUUGUUCUUAACACCAACGGCACAAAAGUAGAUGACGUCAAGUAUGAUGUUAUGCGAGAAAUCUGCCGAAGUCACAUCCAGAUGUAUGAAACCGCCAUGGAUAAAGCUCCUAGUUUCCUUAAAGGUCGCUACAUGUUGGUGCGAUAUGAGGAUGUUGUGAGAGACCCUUUAAGAGAAAUAAACCAAAUGUAUGAUUUUGUCAACUUAAAAUUGACUGCCAAACUUAAAAGUUGGAUCUAUAAUAUCACUCACGGAGCCAGCCCUGGAAGCAAAAAAGAAGCAUUUCUGACCACAUCACGGGAUGCAGCAAAUGUCUCGCAGGCCUGGAGGAAAGAUCUGUCCUUUCAAAAAAUCCAGAAAAUCCAGACUGUAUGUAAAGGUGCAAUGAAUCUGCUUGGGUAUCAAUUUAUAGAUAAUGAGAAGGAGCAGAAUGACAUGUCUAUGGAUUUUGUACUGCCAAGGAGACACUACCAGUUUAGCUGGUUGCCUGAUAAGGAGAAGAAAUGAGAGAAAAUUUAUUUUUAUAUAUAUAUAUAUACAUUUAUUUAUUACAGUUAUUUGCAGCAUUUACAAGGACAACCUUAGACGUUUUUAUUGAGUGCAAAAUGAUCAGGCUAGCAUUUUACUUAACCAUAAAAAGCAGUGCUGGAAUCUGCUGUUUGCCGUGCUGUAGGAUGCAGCAACAAGAAAACAUUCCCUGGCACCAAAUGGUUUGCACUACUUUCUGCUGGAUGGAAGUGACACUUUUACCCACCAAGCAACACAAGCAAAUAUUAUAGUGAAUUGCCAUCUCUGAAAGGGAAGACAUAUUACAAAUAUUUAUUUGCAUUGUACUGUUUGAAGCAAGUGUAGUACACAAAAGAUAAAUGAAAUCUUGAACUGGCCAUAGACGCAAAGAUACGAUUGUAUGAAUUGAGGAUUCGUACGAUUUUCGGACCGUGUGUGGAGAGUCCCGACAUUUUUGUCCCACAGAG